UAUGUUUCUAAGACUGCAGGGUGGGAGAUGCAACAAUGUCCUUGAGAACAGCAGGAAGUGUGUUGGUGGUCUUUCUCUGGUCUGUAGCAGUGGUACUGGGUCAGGAUGGCUGGAGUGUGACUUACACCCCUCAGAGAAUCUGUGCCUUGAGAGGGUCAACAGUUGAUCUGUCCUGCUCUUACACAUAUCCCAGAGGUACAGUCACAACAACCCUCUGGUUCACUAAAUGGGGGACUGGUGUAGAACCUGAAGAUAUGGGUCAGGACCCAGAGUAUACAGGUCGUCUGGAGUAUCAUGGGGAUAAGAAGAAAGACUGUACCCUGAGAAUCACAGACCUGAGAGAGAGAGACUCAGCUACGUACAGGCUCAGACUAAUAACAGAUCAGGAAGGAGGGACAUAUACUGGCAAACUUGGAGUGACUUUGUCUGUCACAGGUCUUCAGGUGAAGGUGACUGGUGAACAUCAGGAUAAGACACUGACCUGUAUCACCACCUGUACUCUGACUGACAACCCCACCUACAUCUGGUACAAGAACGGACAACAUCUAGAUGAGAGCACCUCCCCCCAGUACAAAGACCCAGUCUCCAGUAACUAUGACGACAGCUACUCCUGUGCUGUAAAAGGCCAUGAGGAUCUCCGCUCUCCUGCAGUCUGUGUUCUGGGUCAGAGCUGCUACAGAGUGACUUACACCAAGAGGACAAUCUGUGUCUUGAAGGGCACUAUGUAUGAGCAAUGUGUUACAUAUUGUCCACCAGACGGCCCAAAGAACACCUCAGUGUCAGUCAGUCCCUCUGGUGAAAUAGUGGAGGGCAGUUCAGUGACUCUGACCUGCAGCAGUGAUGCCAACCCACCUGUGGACAAAUACACCUGGUACAAGAAGAACGUAACCUCAGCAAAAGCAUCGGAACAGAGUUACAGCAUCACUAACAUCAAGUCUGAGGACAGAGGAGAAUAUUACUGUGAGGCCCAGAAUGGAAGAGGAUCUAUGAACUCUACAGCUCUGAUGAUCAUUGUAGUAAUCUUCUUCUAG